CCCAAGGCGCAUCAGCCGGACGUCCCUCCCUCGCUCCUCCGUCCUCCAUGGCCCCCAUUACCACGACGCUCAGCUCGAGCGAGCAGCACGACCUGCUCCCGUCCAGCAACAGCAGCGGCAGCGACGCGUACCUGCUGCAGGCCGCCGCGCUCAAGUCCUCGUCCUCUCCAGCCCCAGCCAUGCAGAACUCGGAGGCCACCGCCACCGCCAACGAGUCCAAGGAGCGGACGCUGGCGCGCCUGUCCAUGACGCUGCCGUCGCGCUCGCCCGAGGACUACGCGCAGGACAAGCAGAAGCUGGACAAGAUGGCGGCGGCCGUGACCACGCUGCUGGAGUGCAUCGGCGAGGACCCGCAGCGCGAGGGGCUGCUCAAGACGCCCAUGCGCAUGGCCAAGGCGCUGCUGUACAACACCAAGGGCUACGGCCAGAGCCUGGCCGAUGUACUGAACGAGGCCGUGUUCGAGGAGGACCACGACGAGAUGGUCAUCGUGCGCGACAUCGACCUGUACUCCAUGUGCGAGCACCACAUGGUGCCCUUCGCGGGCAAGGUGCACAUCGGCUACAUCCCCAACGGCAAGGUGCUGGGGCUCAGCAAGCUGGCCAGAGUGAGCGAGGUCUUCUCGCGCCGCCUGCAGGUGCAGGAGCGCCUGACCAAGCAGAUCGCCAACGCCAUCAUGGGCGUCAUCGAGCCCAAGGGCGUGGCCGUCGUCAUCGAGGCCACGCACAUGUGCAUGGUCAUGCGCGGCGUCGAGAAGAGCGGCGCCAGCACCGUCACCAGCAGCGUGCUGGGCGUCUUCAAGAGCGACCCGCGGACGCGCAGCGAGUUCAUGUCGCUCAUCCACAGCAGGAGAUAAUCGGAGCCUGCAAGGAGGGGGAUGAGGAGGUGAAGAGAUGCAUGAAUACGGACGGACGGACGCGCACUUGGAUGUCGCAACGGCGUGUGCUCGGCGGAGUCAACCAGAGGGGGAGAUGCACGUAGAAUUGGGCUCAACUUUUGCUUUACGCCGCCGAGGAGACUUAGAAAUACGCCCUUCCGACAGGCGCGCUUGUUAAUAGGUAAUGCUUUGGCUGCUGUU